UAAUCAACUUGGAAAUACUGUGGAACAGCCCAACAAAGUUAAAGUUAAAUUGUUUCAAAUUUGUAAUAACCAUUUUGAAAUUAUGGGUAAGGGCUGGACUGUCCCUGGUUUUCGGUUUAGAAAUCUGUUCACUCUAAUUAAGGAAAUGUUGGAAAGAAAGGAAAAUGCUUAUUUUGGUUGUAUUCCAGAAAUAUACAGAGAAUUGGCAUGAAUCAUGUGAACUGUGCUGUGAGCAGAAGCUUUCUUUGGAGGAAGGAACGUGGGGAAACUACAGUUGUACCGUUUUUGAGCUCUACUUGGUGUCCUCACGCGUUUGUCAUUAACCGAACAACUCGUUCCGUAUUUAAAUUUCCUGUUCAUAACGAAACCGACCAAGACCACGGUUAACAUCGUAGUAAAACUAAGUUAAAAGUGCCCAAUUUGCGAAUUAAUAAAUAACAAUUGAGUUAGCGAAAAUAACAUGUGUCGUAACUAGUAAAUUAACGAAAGCACUUAAACUUUAAGUAUAAUAAACAAAUCUUGUUUUGUAACUUACGAUACUGUUAAGCUUAAAGGCAAUAAAUAAAGAUGGAUCCAGAAAUAGAUAGAUACAUCACUACUAUGGUAAAUGAAAACUGUGUGGUUUUGUUUUCCAAAUCUACGUGUCCACAUUGUGUGUCAGCCAAGAAAGUUCCACGUGUGUUCAUUAGUGGGCAGUGCAUUGGAGGUGCUACAGAAACCAAAAAGUUGCACAAAGAGGGAAUACUACAAGGUUAUGUACGGAACUAUCGGAAGUCAGUAUCUACAAGCUGGGGACAUCAUUUUAAAAAUAGGAGAUCGUAGUACCACCAAACUAACUGUGAGAGAAGCAGAAGAAUUUAUUCUCAUGGCUGGUAAUAGCCUUGAUCUUCUCGUACGGAAAAAAUCCUCUAAAAUCGCGUACUCGGCAGUUUCGUUUCCUGCAACGCCUGCUCUAAGGAGUACGAACUUAAAUUCGUUUUAUAGUUUCUUGAAUGAAACGUCAAACUCCCAACGAAGUUCGACAUUGAGAAGUACACCCUCAGCUACGGGAUCUUCAGGAACCUACUGGACUCAACAAUUACCAGAUGCCGGAGAACCACAAAGGGGACCACGAAACUGGGGACAACAGUGUUCAAACUUGUCUUCACUAUCACUAGUUUCACCAGAAAAGAAUAUUUCAAUUCCUCUUGAUCCAUCUAGUCAAAAUAAUUUUCCCUUGAAGAAUAAUUAUCCAAAUUCAUCAUGGCCUAUCCCACCUUCUCCUCAAUCAUCUCUUCUGGCACCAGGAACCGGGAGAAUACAUAGCUGGCGAGAUAAACAGAAGGCUCUUCUGCUACCAGAAACCAGGGGAAUACAAAGCUGGGGAGAUAAACAGAAUAUAGCCAAGAAAGACUACGAAACUGGUGUUUCUCGUGUCAUCCAACGACAGGUAUACAGAUCAGAUGAAAAUAUUGAUCGACGGUAUAGCAAUGUACCUCUACAGUUACGCGGAUCAUUAAAUAAAGAUAAAAAUCCUUUUACUUACACUCCUCUGGGAAUCAACUUAACAGAGAUUAAGUCAACUCGAUUGACUAAUAGGAUUAUUAAAAACCAGCAAGACCCUGUGGUAGCUGCUUGGUUUAAGCCUCAGAGAGGAUCUCGCCAGUUCGUUCAGGAUGAGGUUCCGCUCCCAUCAGUAGCUACAAGACAACCAGUGUUAUCAGCCACAGAGAAACAUCCAGCGCUAACAUCACUGUCGUAUCUCGUGGGGUCGAAAGUGAACCCCCAAACACAAAAAAUUACAAUUCCAUCCUACAACUCACCGCUGGGAUUGCUUUCCACAGAAAACACUCUAAAUGAUUACGAAUCACAGGCAGAAGACACUAUCAGACAAUUAGAAUGGCUACUUCUAGCAAAUAACAACCAGGACCCGCGUCCUUAUAAAUCCCAAGAACACAAUCCCAUGCGUACCCAUGGUGCCUGCCACGAUAUAGAUUUCCAGGAUUCCAGAAACUUUGGCCAGUCACAUGUUCUUCAAAGGCUUAUAUAUACUGAUGACAACAAGCGAAAUGAAGAAUCUUCCAUUCCAACGAAUCUAAAGGAACAUGAGAUGAGAGUCAGUGGUGUGAAGAGGGAGAGAAUACCGUCACGAGCUUUCCAAAAUUUCACACGAAGUACAGAGUCUGAAUCUGAAACUACGCCCUCUGAUGAUCAUUACGACAAUUCCGAACAGUUCGACAAAAUUGCAAUCGAACCUCGUUACAAAGGAGGAAACAUACCGUCACAUGCUUUCAAAAUUUUACAAGAGAUGACAGGGACCAGCGAAGGAGAAGGAGAGUCCUUACAGACUACGUUUCAGCCGAAUAGAACAUAUAAAACUCAAGACCACGAAUUUGAAUUCCAAAAGCCUCAUGUAAAACCCAAACCGGAAGUACCUGCAUCGCAACUUCCAAGUGAACCAGAACCGAAAAAAUACACUGGAGGGAAAAUUCCGUCUCGAUCUUUCCGAUUACUUCAGACUCUGACUGGAGAGAAUCCUGGUAAUAACUGGGUACGAAGGCACUGACUUUUAGGUUUCCCAGGUCACAGGGGUUGUGGUCCAAGUGUGGAGUUCAUCAGGACUGUCACAAUGGACGUAGUAGUACAAAUGUGAAGUUUAUAAGGAUUGUCGCAGGUACUGUUGUAAGUGUGAGGUUCAUCAAGAUUGCCGUAAUGAUGUAAAUGAUAAAUUAAUCAAGAUGUUUUAAUGGGAUUGCAUUACCAGUAUGACUUUGAGUAAGACUGUUUCUGUAUGAACUAGCGAUACACACGUCAGCUUCCUUAAAAUAUGAUACUAUGCAAGGCUGAUUAACUUGUUUGUAGGGACAUUUUGCUGUCGAUCAGAAAAUAUUAUAAUUUUAAUGAUAGCUACAGAAAGCACAUUAAUACGAUCAAAUUGGCUUUGGCAACUAUUUGUUAUGAAGGGGAAAAGAUGAACUGUUGUUUUGGUUUUUGUUGCAAAUUCAUUUGUAGUCUAAUAUAAACUUCAUUAAAAGUGCGUUCGAUUAAUCUUUAAACAACACAAACCUUACUACUAAGUUGCCAGACGUGAUUUAACCGUGUCAUCUUUUGACUAACUUUAGUUACGUAAAUUACCUCCUUAAUUAACCCGCACACACUCGAAACGAAUUUCCAUUUGCAACAAAUAGUAAUGAUUCUCUGCGUUUUAUUUAUAAAACUCGUGAGCAUGAGUUUAAAUAUUGAUAUGAAUGUCAUUUGAAUCUUCUGUAAUAAGGCGCUGGUUAAAGAUCAAAGUUUUGUAUGCUGAAAGACCAGAUUAACUUGCCCAUUUAAUGUGUCAGUAUUCUUUUUCAUUUAAUAUGAUACAUCUGCUGUUGUAUAUGUCACAAGUAAGCAGCAUUAAAAUUGUGUCAAUUAGAAAAGAUUGCUUGAAGUUUUUGCUUCGAAAGGCAAAUCAUGUAGACUUUGUAUCUUCAACAUUAGUUGAUUUAUCUGUCACUAAAUAAAUACGUGACGUACAAUGGACAAGUUCGAAUGAUAAGGGAUUUUUUUGUAUAUUUUCCUAAACUUUCUUUGUUUUUCUGUACAUUUUCUUUUACAGAAACAUUGCCUUUAACCUAGAUCUUUUUAUGUGAAAUAUAAAUUCAGAACUAGCACCAGGGAAUACACUGUUGGAUUGAUUUUUUUUCUUAGUACUUUUUAUUUUUAACGUUUAGAAAUGUUUCAAAUUAUCCAGAAGGUUAAAACAAUCGGACAUUUUAAAUUGGUGUAGUAGGGUGCUGCUGACUAGAUGGAUCCCUUCCCUAUGGUCAGCAAUUAAAAAAUUGGGACGGCGGCAGAUAGCCUUGAAAUAAAAAAUCAAAAUAACAAUAUAUUUGAAAUUGACUUCUGGUUCUAGAGAAGGAGGUAAUUGUUAAUUCUCUCUGAAAUGUGAGUAUCAGAAGAAUUAGAACGAAGGAACUAAAUACAAUUUUAUUGUGAGGAUUUUUUUUAUGUUAGCAUAAGACAUAAUACUGUUUAGUUUGUUUAGUCUUUAAGGGCAAAAUGGAGAAGGGUAUGAAUUCACCCCUUGAUAUCGUUUUCUUUAUUGAUUUUCAAAUACAUAUUUUUAUAUAAUAAGGUUUAUCAAUAUCUACUUGGUUUUUGAUUGGAUUAUCAUUUUGCUGGAUAUCUAUUCAACCUAUUAUACUGGACUACGUCAUUUAUUAGUCUGUUUUCGUCACAGCGUUUCAUACAAACUCUUCUGUAAGUCAGAAAUGUUUUUCUUCCUCAUAAUUUAGUAACAAAUGAAACGAUUUAUCAAAAGUUUAUAUCAAUGAGUACUUUUAUGUAGAUCGUUCAAUGAAAAAUAAAGCUUACUGUCAGUGGUUGCUUUAACAAGUUCAUUUUUGAUGCAAAUAAUCAAGUCUCUAAAGUUUAGUCUAACUUUCAAAUCAGACGAAACAAUAGAUUUUAGUGAUGAUAACGUCCUCUUCGUAACAACCAUAGCUACUCGAUUUGUGAAAAAGAAGUUUUAGUUAACGUUUGAAAACUUGUUUCCUAGGUAGUCAAAGUGGCAUUUGUUUUUGUGUGUGUGAUAUAUAUAUAUUUGUUUAUUCAUUGAGGAUAUCUUUAAUUAUUUGAGGAAGGAAAAACCGAACUAGCUCCUUUUAACCGAUGGCUGUGUACUGUUCUCAGGUACGUGAUACCUUGAGGUGAAAUAGUAACCGCGAUAACUAGAGAAACGACAAGAAAUGUGUCAUCCAGUUAAACUGGAUUUCUGAUUGGAUUUAAAACAGAGAUACAACACAAUCUA